AUGAGCUCACCUAUAUCAGAGCCCUUCACACUGAAAAGUGGUCUAGUCUUGCCGAAUCGGCUUGUCAAAGCCUCCACGGCUGAAGGUCUAGCUGACAAAAAAUACCUCCCGACUGAAGCUCUGAUUGGAGCAUAUGAAGCGUGGGCAGACGGCGGCUGGGGAAUGGUCCUGACAGGCAACGUGCAAGUUGACGCUCGCUACCUUGGUCAACCGAACGACGUGGCGUACAAUGAGGCCCUCGAGUACAAAGAGAUGCUUGACAUUUGGAAGAAGUGGGCCGAACCUUUUUUAAAGCACAACUCCCACGCCGUCGUACAGAUCAACCAUCCCGGAAGGCAAUCCCCCGGCGGAGCCGGUACCAGGGGCUUUUUCGCCAAGAGUAUCGCCCCGAGCCCCAUCCCGCUAAGCCUCGGGAAGGAGUUCUUCCCCAGAAUAAUGUCGACGCUCAUUUUCGGUACCCCGAGGCAGAUGACCCUCGCGGAUAUCAAAGAGACCACGGAACAAUUUGCCAAGACGGCCCGGCUAGCAGCCGACGCGGGCUUCGCAGGCGUCGAACUACACGGUGCCCACGGGUAUCUUCUCGCGCAGUUCCUGUCGGAGAAAACCAACAAGCGAACGGAUGAGUAUGGUGGCUCUGCCGCCGCCAGAACCAAGAUCGUGGUCGAAAUCAUUGAAGCCAUCCACGCAGUCGUCCCGAAGGGCUUUACGGUCGGCAUCAAGUACAACUCGGUGGACCACCAAUCACCACAGGCGCUGGCAGAUAGCAUCACGCAGCUUAAGCUCAUCGCUGGUGCCGGCAUCGACUUCUUGGAGAUUAGCGGCGGUACAUAUGAGGACCCUCAGCUUGUUGCCGGCCUGAAGACCAAUACCAAAUUCGUGUCGGUCAAAGAUAGAACCCGAGAAGCCUUCUUCUUAGAGUUCGCAAGGACCAUCCGGGACGAGUUUCCCGGCCUUCCGCUGGUGGUCACGGGCGGAUUCCGCUCCCGAAAGGUCAUCGAGUCUGCGCUCACUGAAGGCGCGCUCGACCUCGUCGGCAUGGCCAGACCAGCCAUCUUGAACCCAUCUGUUCCAACAAACACCAUUCUCAACAAAUCCGUCGAGGAAAAGGACGCGAAGGCGUACGCAAGGCUGAUUGAGCCGCCGUGGUUGCUGAAGAAGAUUGGCAACGUUGUCAUUGGAGCGGGUGUGGAGACGGCUUGGUACGGAAAGCAGAUCGUCAAGAUGGGGAAAUGA